GCGAGAUAUUAAGGGAGUUAAGGCCCUCGGGAGGGUUCAUUCAUUCUUUGAAUUUCGUUCAAGCAAGUUGUCAGCUUUCUUCGUGUGUUUUAUUUUCGUUUCAGUUUCAUUGUUAUUAUCCUUGGAUAUUAUAGUGUUGAUAUUGUGUUUAGUGAUUACUCCUGAUAAUAUGGCUGAUAGUAGUUUUUGGGUGAAAGAUCUCUCCCUUUUCAAAGGCUUUCACUUUGGAAUUUCAGCAGCCUUUUUCACAAAAAAAUCGUGGACACACAGGCAGAGCGAUCGUGGCUAUAAAUUUUUUGCUGAGGGGUAUAUUCAUGAUGUGUUCAUACACAAGAAUGAGUGUACCAUCAAGGCGAAAUGCUAUAGGAGCCAGAAGAAGAAUGAGAAGCCGCAUAGCCUUCAUUUAAAAUUUGCAUCAGUGGACCUUAUGGUGGAAGCUCACUGUACAUGUGAGGCGGGGAACUCCGAAUCUUGCAACCACGUUGUUGGGCUGGCUUACUUUCUGCAGCAUUUAAUUUUGAAUGGCUUUAAAGAAGUCCCAGAAAGUGCAUCAUGCACUUCAAUCCCAAUGGAAUGGAAUAAGCCAAGAGGGAACAAAAUAACUGCAGAAAAAAUACCUGAAAGUGUUUUUAUUGACCCAAACAACAUAAAAAGGACAAAAAAAACAGUUAUUUGUCAAAUAAAAAACCCCAUAAGGAAUGAUGAGUUGAAGAAAAUCAACCAAGCUAGUAUCACAAACCUAAAAACUGUUUUAAAAGAAAUUAACCCGUCCAUACCAUUUGCUAGUACACUAUGUACUGAAAACAUGGCAAAUGAUAGAACAAUACUUCUACAAAAUGGAAUAAAUGUGCCAGCAUCCUCGCUAUUGGGACAUAUGGCUCGUGCUGGGACCAAAAAUGUUGCUGCUACAACAGGUCUUGAGAGGGAUGAACACCUGGACGAUCUACCUAUAGCAUUGCCAUUAGAUGAUAAAGAAAUGGUUGACAUCCUAAUAAGUUUGGCGCCAGUCCACCACGCCUCAUUACAACCAAUCUCUAUGGAGCAAGCAGCAGAAAUAGAGAAAAAGACAAGAACGCAGAACCAGAACGACCUUUGGAAAGAUCUUCGUAAAUUUCGGUUUACCGCCUCAAAAUUUGGUUUUGUUUGUAGAAGAAAACUUUUUAAUGACGAAUUUAUAAAACCAUUUGUGUGCCCUCCAGAUAUCAGUCGUCUAAAAACAGUUGCUCAUGGAUUGAAAAAUGAACCAAUAGCCAUAAGAGAAUUCUUGAAAUCAAAUCCUCAAUUCAAGUAUUUUAAAUGCGGUUUGGUAGUUCACCCAUAUGCUAUUCAUUUGGGUGCAAGCCCAGAUGGCAUUUUGUACGACUGUACAUCUUCUAGUUAUGGGGUUCUAGAAGUCAAGUGUCCUUGCAGCACUAAGGCCGAUAGUUUGGAAGAACACUUGAAAAUAAAAACCUUCUGUUUGCAACAGGACGAAAAUAAUUUAUUAUCGCUAAAGGUCAGUCAUGAUUAUUAUUUUCAAAUCCAGGGGCAAAUGCUUUUAGCAGGAUUACGAUGGGCAAAAUUUGUUGUGUAUAUGGCCAAAACACAACAAAUUGUAGUUCAAACCAUCCCUUUUGAUCCCAUUUUUUGCCAAAAUAUGUACAGGAUAUUAACUCAAAAGUAUGAGAUAUUUCUAGCAAAUGUAGAGGUUGUUCGUUUGUAA